CCAUUGCUCGUGCUUCAGUACCUGGGUGCGUUUGCAGCGGGAUGAUCGGCUCGGCUUGCAGAGCUUUUACUCCUAAUCUCCGGCGUGUGACAUCCUAGCAGAAAGGGGCGACCGCUUUCAGGAGCCGCUCCGAGGGCUAGAAGGAGGGGAAGAGACUGGUGAAUGGCUGUGAUGAAAUAUUUCCUAGUUCUGGACAUGACCUUCACCACCAGGAUGAAUCAGGAAAAACCUGCCAAAUCCUCCUAGCUCCCUAGCUGUACAAUUUGCUGUUCUCUUACUGUUCACCACUCAGUAGCCUCAUCUCUUCCCACCCAAAGGAAGGAAGAAACCAGCAAGUCACAAAUGACAGCUGAAAAGUGAAACAUCAAAAGCUGUGUGAGACACUCUUAAAGGAAAAAACUACAGUACUUCUCCAUCCAAGCCUGGGAAACUGUGUGACAUCAAUUACAAAGAAGAUAUGUUCAAGUAACCAAUACCAGAAAUUGAACAAAUAAAUACAUACAUAUAUAUUAGAGUAUCUACACACGGUCUAGAGCAUUUAGAAAUCUACAUUCAGAAUGGAUGAUGGAUACAGAAAUACAAACCUCUAUCAAGGCAGCAGGGACAUAGGAAGGGAGACAAACCAAGUCUCAGAUGACUAUAGGUACCAGGAUGGUACCUAUGAAGGCUAUGCACCCAAUGAUGGCUACUACCGCGGUGGGGAUGAAUCUGCUCAUGAAGAAGAUGCCCAGAGUGAUGUUACAGAAGGCCAUGAUGAAGAUGAUGAGGUCUAUGAGGGGGAGUACCAGGGAAUUCCACACCCAGAUGAUAUUAAAGCCAAGCAGAAGAAGAGAGCCCCUGAAGCGGCUGAUGAGUACAGAGACCAUGCUGAUCUUAUGGCAGAGAGGAUGGAGGACGAGGAGCAGCUUGCCCACCAGUAUGAGAACAUCAUUGAGGAAUGUGGCCAUGGACGCUUCCAGUGGACACUUUUCUUUGUUUUAGGAUUGGCACUGAUGGCAGAUGGAGUGGAGGUGUUUGUGGUUGGAUUUGUUCUGCCCAGUGCUGAGAAGGAUAUGUGCUUAUCCAGUUCGAACAAAGGGAUGCUCGGCCUGAUAGUCUACCUAGGAAUGAUGGUGGGGGCUGUCGUGUUGGGUGGCCUAGCUGACAAACUGGGAAGGAAGAAAUGCCUCAUCAUAUCACUUGCAAUCAAUGCUGCCUUCGCGUUCCUUUCCUCCUUCGUCCAGGGAUACGGAUUCUUUCUCUUCUGCCGCCUUAUCUCUGGCCUCGGUAUUGGGGGGUCCCUCCCCAUUGUGUUUGCCUAUUUCUCUGAAUUCCUGUCUCGGGAGAAGAGGGGGGAACACCUGAGCUGGCUGUGCAUGUUCUGGAUGAUCGGUGGCAUUUUUGCUUCAGCGAUGGCUUGGAGCAUCAUUCCACAUUACGGCUGGGGUUUCAGUAUGGGAACCAAGUACCACUUCCACAGCUGGAGAGUCUUUGUGCUUGUCUGCUCUCUGCCCUGCAUCGCUUCUCUGGUGGCACUGAAAUUCAUGCCUGAAAGCCCACGGUUUUUGCUGGAGAUAGGUAAACAUGAUGAAGCCUGGAUGAUCCUGAAGCAAGUUCAUGACACCAACAUGCGGGCCAAGGGCGAGCCAGAGAGGGUGUUUACGGUUUCCUAUAUCAAAACUCCAAAGCAAGUAGAUGAGUUUAUUGAAAUCCAGAGCUCAACAGGGACCUGGUAUCAGCGGUGGCUGGUCAGAUUCACGACCACUUUCAAACAGGUCUGGGACAACGUGCUAUAUUGUUUAACAGCCCAGUACAGGAUGAACACACUGAUUCUGGCUGUGGUUUGGUUUACAAUGGCCUUAAGUUACUAUGGCCUUAUCGUCUGGUUCCCUGACAUGAUCCGGUACCUCCAAGAAGAGGCGUAUGAAUCCCGUGUGAAAAUCUUUGAUGAGGAAGAAGUGUUACACUUCACCUUUAAUUUCACCCUGGAAAACCAGAUCCACAGAAAUGGGGAAUAUAAAAAUGAUAAGUUUAUUGGCAUGAAAUUCAAGGAAGUGAGAUUUGAGGAUUCCUUGUUUGAGGAAUGCUAUUUUGAAGAUGUGACAUCCAGUGAGACCUUCUUCGAAAACUGCACCAUCGUGUCCACUGUCUUUUACAACACAGAUCUCUACGAACACAAAUUCAUCAACUGCAGGCUCAUAAACAGCACUUUUCAGAUGCCGAAGGAAGGCUGUCACCUGGACUUCGAGGAGGACAAUGACUUCCUAAUUUAUCUCGUCAGCUUCCUGGGCAGUCUGUCCGUGCUGCCAGGCAACAUCAUCUCUGCACUACUCAUGGACAAAAUAGGGAGGAUAAAGAUGAUUGGUGGCUCGAUGCUGAUCUCUGCCGUGUGCUGCUUCUUCCUCUUUUUUGGCAACAGCGAGUCGGCAAUGAUUGGCUGGCAGUGCCUGUUCUGCGGGGCCAGCAUUGCCGCCUGGAAUGCCCUGGAUGUGAUCACCGUUGAGCUCUAUCCCACCAACAAAAGGGCAACAGCCUUUGGCAUCCUCAAUGGGCUUUGCAAGUUUGGUGCCAUCCUGGGGAACUCAAUCUUUGCCUCCUUUGUUGGGAUAACCAAGGUGGUUCCCAUCCUUCUGGCUUCCUCUGCUCUGGUCGGAGGUGGCCUGCUAGCUUUGCGCCUACCAGAGACUCGAGACCAGGUCCUGAUGUGAACAACCGAGGCCAGGGGGACAAGGGGGUGAUGUAGAAGAAGAACAAAAAAGAGCCAUGUUUAGAAAAAUCAAAACGUCCAUUUGUACAGUGCUCUGUCGAUACCUCAAAGAGAGAGGGCAAGGGGGAAAGAAGAGCCCAAAGGGAUAAAACCUAACCCCUAAUUUCUGACCCUUUUUGAGCUGUGACGGGCGCAUGCAGCUAUGGCACACACAUUGCAGAGCUUGGCUGUUUGUGUUUAAUCUUGCCUGCACUGGGGAGUGCUUGGGGGUCUAUCUUUUCCCUCUCCAUCCCAGUGUAAUGACAGAGGAUGCAAACAGCUUUGUGCACUUGUGCAUCCAUGUGGGUGUGAGUGUGUUUGAUGGGAGAACAGAUCCUGAUCCCUGUACGCCUUUGCUGAGCUGUGAGAUACUGCCUGCCUUGCCAGGCUCUCCUUGGCAAUUCAUAAAGCCAUGCAUGGUCACAAGGUCAAAGGCAGAAUGGGAGGCGGUUAGCAAACCAAGUCUGGGUGAGAUCAAGCAAUAGAGAAAAGAGCUCCAAAUGCAGCUGGUAACCUUAGUGCUCUUGAUUUUGGGGUUACUAUCUGAACCUACCAGAAAGAGUCCUGAUUUCUGGAGGCUAUGGGGAUAUGUGCUCAGCUCUUUCGGAAGAAGCCGGGUCUCAAAGCCCUUUAUUGUCUUCACUUGGGCAUGCAGAAUCACUAGGCACUUUCCAGGUCUAGGAGAGAGAGAGAUAUAUAUAUACAUAAUUUUAUAUAUGUGUGUGUAUUUACACAUAUGUGUGUGUAUUUACACAUACCUGCAUACGUAUACACACUGAAGUGAUCAGCCAUUGACAUUUAUAAUUUUUCAUUUUUGCGUCUUUAAGAAGACCUUAGAAGAGACACUAAAAACUAAUCUCACUAAAUCAAGAUUAUCUGGAGUGAUGACUGAUUUAGAGACACAUCAUGCUUCAUAGCCAGACACCAAAUAUUUAAAUGUAUUGAUCACUGGGAGUUUAUAUUUCUAUGAUGGUUAAGAUUUUUUUUUUCCUACCAACUUUCAUGGAGGAGAAACUGAUACGAUGUUGGCGCAUUCAGCAAACCAAAUGUGUACAUAUAAUCCACUGUAAAUAGGGGAAUUUUGUCUAAUCUCUAGAAUAUGAUAACUAAGAAUUUACCAGCAUUUUAGCCAUAUUAGUUAAAGGAUAUGAUGUUUGAUUUUCUUAUAUAUUUGGGUCUCAUUGAAAUGCUCUAAGUACAGUUACUUACAGCCAUUUAACUUGUUAUACAGAGAAUGCACACAGCAAGCUUUCACUGUGCAGAACAUUAAAUUCUCUAUUAAGUGUGAUAGUUGUAUGAUAUCUUGUAAAGAUCAUUUUUUUAAAUUACAUGCCCUUUUUAAUCAUAUGACUUCAGUUCUGUUGCACCUAGAAGCAAAACGAAUCAUACAUUUUUUGAUAUAUUUGCUCGGGAAGCAAGAAUGAAAUGCGUACUAUUAAACAAAAUACCAAUGCUCACAAUUGCCCAGAUAAUUCUAAUAUACUCUCCUAGCAAACUCAGUGAUAGACUAGAAUUGACCAGAAACUGUUGCAUAAGGCAGGGAAUUUAUCUCACUAAGAUGAUCUGUGACAUGAAAAGGUGUUUCAUACUUUUGCUAGCGAUCUUCCUCUUAAUCUUUCUUUGGAUCCCUCUUUAAAAAAAAAAGAAAAAGAAAAACAAGCAGGUCUUGACUGAAAUGCAGCAGGACUGAAGUCUAACACCACUACCUUUAGCUGCACAGAGGCAGUCAGAUAUACCGCUAGCUUGCAUCAGGGCCAGCCCCAGACAGUUGUGGAAGUCAGUCUCGGCACCACUGUAGAGGACAGAAUAAGGGUACAGAGUGCCAUUAGAUCACAAGAAGCAAGUCCUUGCCAAUGACACAGACCCUCUAGGGAGCAUCACUCUUUUGUCAUCACAUCCAUCAGGGAUAAGCCGUUACAGAGCAGCUAGGCUACAAUAGGCUAUUUGGGAUUUUUGAGAUUUAUUCUGAGGUUUAUGAAAUUGAUAAAAUCAUGAGCUGUUAUAAUAACUAGGCUUAUUAUGCCUCAUUUCAUCAUUUUAUGAGUAGCUUAGGGCCUUAUUUGAUUUGCCUUCAAAACAGCGAGGUUCCUUCUCUAAGGUAGGAGUGAGUAUAAUUAUGUCCUUUCAGUCUGGCAGCAGUUCACAGCUUCUGUUGAGAAUCACAGCCCAGAAUGUGUUUUUUCUCAAAGAAUGUCUGGUCCUUUUGUAUAGUGAGAAGCAGCUAAAUAUUUCAACACCACAAGAUCAUCAUAGUUUAUCAUUUAUGUUUCAACCAUCCUGUUGGGCUGCUGAUGCCAGUUACCACCCUGUAUUUGGGGGAAAAAAACCCAGCAACAAUGAUUUGUUUCAUGUUCUGGACUAUUGUGUUGUGCUGCUCUAUGAUGCCAGAACUCAUCUUUAUUUUACUAAUCACGCUUAGUUAGGUACGUAUCCAGUGCUGAGACAGCAAACCUGACUAUUUGUGUUCUCCAGUGACAUUGUACAAUGACUCUAAUGGCAUUAUUUAUUUUGAAAAUUUCUAAAUUAAUUUUCUGAGAUGGAGGAAAUCAAGGUCUUAAGGAGAGAGAAAUGGUAAGGUAAUAUUAGGAAAGGUUACCCAAUCUUAUAAGCCUUUCUUCUUUACAGAAUCACUCUUUCACAGAGUCUGGUUUGGUAAACUUCAUGCUCAGGAGAUUAGCUGGGAUGAGGUAAAGAGUAAUAGGAACUUGCUGUCUAUGUCACCCUGGCUACCCACAUGAAUAAAUAGACUCUCUGCACCUCUAAAAAUGCAUGGUUCAAGGGCAGAGGAUGUUUUCUUGAUAAUGCUCCUACCCCUGACAUUUGAUUCAUGAAUUCAUGACCUAAUACAAAAUGCAAACACACACUGCAGCUGGUACCACAAGGGACUGGGAAAGUCCAGUGAAGAACAAAGAAAGCAGCACAGGAAAUCUAAGGGGAAACCAUAUAACCUAGCUUUAGAUGCUUAAAAGUUAGGUAGAUGUCUGAAUCUGAACUACUCAACCCUGGGUUCCCCCUAUUCUCAGUUGAAAGAAAGAGCCAAUAUGUGACCUUUCUCAGAAACCAUACUUAGGAGGAGAUAGGUUGCCAUAGGUAUCCCUUUUCCUGUCCUUUGAUAACAGAAAUAUCCAGAGUAACAGUUCAGGUUCAGGCAUUUACCUUUGUGAUGCCUGUGCUAUGGGUGAUGACUUCUAUCCACCUUCUGUGUAAGCAAGACGUGGCCAGUACCCCAAACAUGUUUGCUUGCUGUCCUUGCAAUGAUCCAGAUCUGCCUCGGUCUCACACUACUCUCAAGAGCAAAAUGUUGGGUGCAGUCCCUUCAGCUUUGGCUGUGUUUUGAGUGUGGACCACGUGCUAGGCUGAGGGCAAGCCACAGGACCCCAAAGCACCGUGCACAAGAUUUCUCAUUGGGCACCACCUCUGAUCACAAAUCAGCAUUACACCUGCAGUGCAAGGACCAGCAUGUCUAGUGGUUCCCUCGUCUACUUUUGUUGCAGUGAACAGUUUCUUUUGUCUUGGACGUUUGAUACAGUGGACCAUCCACAGAGAAGAGGAAAACUCCUGCUGACCAAAGGCCCACUUCAGUGACAACUCCUGCAGAGCACUAUUUUCUUGGAUUCAUGAACAUUACUGCAAGAAUGGCACAGAGGAUGAAGACAGAGACCUGCCUUAAACCUCAAAGAUCUCUUCUAGAGAACAGCUGGACUUCUUCAUUCAUCCAUGGUACAUCUGUCCAGCCACUUAGCCAGGGAUUUUGUGGCAUGGAAAAGAUGUCUUAGUGUCUUUAUUUGUACAGCAGAGUUAUGGUGUGGGGGUCACAGGAGCAGUUCGUUACUGCUCUUUCGAGCAUGCAGAAGCAGCCACUGGAGGAAUGGAAAGCAUUGUUAUUAUUAUUAUAAAAGACCAAAAGUAUUACAACAGGAGUUCUGCCUCUUUAUAUUCCCUGGUGGUUUGACUGGUUUUUGUAUACCUUUCCCCUCACUUCAGUUGUGCAGGACUGCUUUUGCUGUCGCCUUUGGUUCUGCUAUGUCCUACUGGUGGUGCAGCUUGGGAUUGGGUGGGUGCCCUUCUCCAUGAACACACAAUCCUUGUCCCCUUAAAAUGCUGUGCAACUUGUACAUGGCAGUGUAUGGAUCUCUCAGAUGAGGAAAGGGUCACUGCUGGAAAUUAUGAGCCCAGAUCCAAACAUUCUCCACUCCGGGGAGAGGUCAGGCAGGUAGGUAUCACUCAGUCACACCAGAGAGGUAAAGUGAGCGACUGUUCUCUGCUCUUGGGAGCCUUUCAGCCCCAGGGAGGGGUUCAGUGGCUGGUGUAGAGCCAGACUGUGUGGAGCUGAGCUUUCUGCAGAUGCGAAGGUCUCUUCUAGGUUCUGCUUGAAGAUUUUCAGCAACAUAGUUUACUCUUACUGCUAAGGAGGUUCUAGGUCCAUUUAUGUCCCUUGCUUAUGUCCUUUGACUCUUCAAAGGACACACAAAACCUGGGACCAUAUUGUUAGGUUUAUGUAUAUUUGAGACAUAUACAUUACAUUUCCAUCAAGUUCCUCCCUCAGUUUCUCACCCUCAUUUUAGCAAAUGCUGCUUUUAGAAAGAACCAAGCCAGGGAACUGUGAAGGAAACCUAACAACAGAAACUUCUUUGCUGUACGUAACGCUUGCACUGUCCAAAUGUAUUCACGUUGUAAGUUCCACUGUAAAUAAUACCCAGUGUCAUGCAUUAAUGAAAUGUUUCAUUUAGAUGUUCUGCUGGCUGUGUGUGUGAAAUAGCCAGUUCCAGUUCCUUGUUUCCUUUUUUUCAUUUGAAAUCUUUUUUUUUUCUUUUGAUUUAAUCUGUGUCUGGUUGUCACUGGAAAGUGCAGCUGUUCCAAUGGAGUUUGUUUUUGUUCUGUCUGUCACAUUAAAAGGCUGGAAUAAAAAAAAUGCCGCUUGCAGUGUCAAUGUUUUAAUGUGCACUUUGGGUCCUUUCACAAGGGCUGUGGCCAGUGACUUUGUAGUCUGAAAACAUGGAGACUUCCUCUGAUGUUUGCUACGUGUACAUCCUUGCACUCUCAAACAAUCCCAGCUCAGUUAAGUCUCCUUUUUUACCACAAUUUUAUCACACUGUGUAUUUCCUAACAUGCUACAUGAGGAACUCUAUAGCCUGAAAAGUUUUCUGGUGGAGAAAGCAUGGAAUAUUUUUAACUGCCAUCCAAAACCAGAGAGCCGAACUCUGCCUUGUAACAAGAAUAUGUCCAAUAAAAAACAUUUCUUGUUGUA